AUGACGUUUGCUCAGCUCCUGGACCAAGCAGGGGGCAUGGGGCGCUUCCAAGUGAUCAACCUGGUGCUGUUGUGUCUUCCCAUGCUCCUGAUGGCGCCCCAUAACCUGUUGCAGAAUUUUACAGCCGCUGUCCCCGGCCACCGCUGCCGGGUGGCCUCGAACAACGCGUGUGCCGAUGGAAACGCCACGGGAAACUCAGACUGCACGGCACUCCUCAGGGUGUUCAUCCCACAGGACAGGGACUGGGUGCCCCAGAAGUGCUGGCGUUUUGUCACCCCCCAAUGGCAGUUGCUGGAGUUUAAUUCAACAGGACCGGUGCCAACAGAAGCAGAUCAGGAGCCGUGCCUGGACGGGUGGACCUACGAAGGGCAGGUCUUUACGUCCACCAUAGUAACCGAGUGGGACCUGGUGUGUGACUUCCGGAGCCUCCAGCAACUGGCCCAGUCUAUCUACAUGGCUGGUGUGCUGGUGGGUGCAAUCGUCUUUGGGGGCCUCUCUGACAAAUUUGGCCGGAAGGCUUUGCUUCUCUGGUCGUGCUUCCAGAUGGCCGUUGCCGGAUCCUGCACGGCGUUCAUCCCCAGCUUCACCCCUUACUGUGUCUUUCGCUUCCUCACGGGAAUGGCUGUUUCCGGGAUUGGCCUGAACUGUGUGUCGCUGUCUGUGGAGUGGACGCCGAUGCGUUCUCGAGCCAUGGUCAGCAUGGUGACCGGGUAUAGCUACAGCAUCGGGCAGUUUGUCCUCGCGGGCGCGGCGUACGCCAUCCGGGACUGGCGUUGGCUUCAAUUGGCCGUGUCCCUCCCGUACUUCGCCUUCUUCCUGUACGGCUGGUGGUUUACAGAGUCCGCCCGCUGGUAUGCCACAGCGGGCAAACUCGAUCGGGCGCUGAGAGAGCUGCAGAAAGUUGCUUGGAUGAACGGGCAGAAGGAUUGCCAAGAGAAGCUCAGCCUUGGGGUUUUGAAAGCCAACCUCCAAAAAGAGAGCCCUUUGGCCAACGCCAAGUUCCCGGUGGCCGAUUUGGUGCGCACGCCGUCGCUGCGCCGGAUCACGGUCUGUCUUUGCUUUGUCUGGUUCUCCACCAGCUUUGCCUAUUAUGGUCUGGCGAUGGACCUGCAGAAUUUUGGGGUCAGCGUCUACCUCAUCCAGGUGAUCUUCGGAGCAGUAGACAUCCCCGCAAAGCUGGUGGCCUUCCUGGUGAUCUGCUAUUCGGGCCGUCGGAGUGCUCAGGCGUUGAGUCUCAUCUUAGCUGGGCUAUCCAUCGCAGGCAAUAUCUUUGUGUCCCAUGAUAUGCAGAUCCUCCGGACCGUCUUUGCUGUCUUUGGGAAAGGAUGUUUGGGAGCAUCUUUCAACUGUGUCUUCUUAUACACUGGAGAACUCUACCCUACAGUGAUCAGGCAAACCGGGAUGGGCCUUGGUAACACCAUGGCACGUGUUGGGGGCAUCGUGGCCCCCUUGGUGAGGAUGAGCAGUGAGUAUUCCCCAUCCCUUCCCCUUUUCAUCUAUGCCAUGGCCCCCAUCAUCUCCGGGGUGGCAGCCUGUUUUCUUCCUGAGACCUUAGAUGCACCGCUACCGGAUACAAUCGAAGACGUGGAGAGCAGGUCAGUCGCCAAUGAAUCCUGCUAUUCCCCUUGUUGUUUCUUAAUCGCAUCUAGCAAAUUCUUCGUAGAUCAGGAUGGUGGGAGGGGAGAUGGAAAUGGGAAGGAACUGACUGGGGAGACAUUUGGGGUCAAGCUUAUUGAAAGCCACAUUUUUGAAUCAAUAACCCAGGAGCAAUAA